AUGGCUAAGAGAAGAACAAAGAAGAGAACUCAUAAGAAGAUUAGUGAAGAGGAAUUGGCCUCUAUUCCAAAAUCGAUGGUUAUUCAUUUGGGUUCAUCCUUAAAAAAUCAUUCAUUAUCACAAUUAGUUUCUGAUGUUAGAAAUGUAAUGCAACCACAUACAGCAAUCAAUUUAAGAGAACGUAAAUCAAACAAAUUAAAAGAUUUCAUAGUUAUGUGUGGUCCAUUACAUGUUUCAGAUUUAUUAAUUUUCAAUCAGCUGGAAAGUGGUAAUAUUACUUUAAGAAUUGGGAAAUUACCAAGAGGUCCAAAUUUACAAUUUAAAAUUAAUAGUUAUUCAUUAUGUAAAGAUAUUCAUAAAAUUUUAAGACAUCCAAAAUCUAUAAGUAAAGAUAGUUCUAUAUUUCAUAUGCCUCCUUUAUUAGUAUUAAAUGGAUUUGGUAAAGUUCUGGAAAUGUCACAACAUGAAAAAUUAAUGGUUACAAUGUUUCAAAAUAUGUUCCCACCAAUUCAACCACAAUCAACUAAUGUUUCAAGUAUUAAAAGAGUUUUAUUAAUUAGUAAAAAUAAAGAAACUAAUGAAAUUGAAUUUAGACAUUAUGCAAUUAAUACUAAAUUAGUUGAAGAAAAUAGAAAUGUUAAAAAAUUGAUUCAAUCUCAUCAUAAUUUAAAGAAAAAUUUACCAAGAUUAACUAAGAAUAAAGAUGUUUCUGAAUUAUUAUUGGAUCCUUAUUCAGUUGGUGGAUUAACUUCAGAUAGUGAAGUUGAAGACGAUGCCGUUGUUGAAAUCCAACAAGAAAGUCUUGUUAAAAAAGAAGAACCUAAACAAUCUGUUGGUGAUGAUCAAGAAGAAGAAGAACAGCAACAACAACAACAAGAACCAGUGGUUGCAAAGACAAAACGUGCAAUUAAAUUAACUGAAUUGGGUCCAAGAAUAAAUAUGACUUUGAUGAAGAUUGAAGAAGGAUUAGUUGGAUCUUCAAAGACUUUGUAUCAUGCUUCUAUUAAGAAAUCAGAAGAAGAAAUUAAAUCUUUAGAAAAGAAACAUCAAUUGAAACAACAAUUGAAACAAGAAAGAAGAGCUAAGCAACAAGCUGCAGUUCAAGCUAAAUUAGAUAUAAAAGAAGCUAAAAAGGCAAGAAGAAAAGCUAGAAAAGAAGGUGGCAGUGGUGAAGGUGACCAAGAAGAUGAAGAAAUGGCUAAUCAAAGUGAUGAUCAAGAGGAAAGUGAAGAUGAAAAUGAAGUUGAAAUUAAUCCUGAAGAUUAUGAAAAUGAUAGUGAUUUAUAUAGUGAUGUUGAGGUAUAG